CUGCUGGGGACGUUGACGAGGUCAGGACGUGAGUUCAAGUCUAUUUUUAACAAUUUAUUCGAAGGCAAGAUGCUGCGAGUGUGUUGUAUGAUGAUGGUGCUGGUGGCCAUGGCUGCAAGUCAUCGACCCUGUCUGGCCCCCAAGUAUGAAGUCAGAGGCUGUAUCAACAGCUGUCAGGCUGCAGACAAGCCCGGCUUUUUCUACUGCUGUGACAGCAAGGGUACCCACAAAGGAACCUGCCCUAAGGUUCACCUUCAGAAGUACGAGAGGGACGUGUUGUGUGACGUAUCACAGUUCAACUACCCCAACCAUCUUAACUGCAAGUAUGACACUGACUGUGAACCUUGGGAGAAGUGUUGUUACCUUCCAGACAACAACCAACUCAUCUGCCGUACUGCUUUAUAUAAUUAAAGCAUGAACCAGACUCCUAUGAUUCUAACACCUUGUUAGCCAACGACACCAACCUGUGGACGAGUUCUAGCUCCUGGUCCAAUGCCCAAUGCUUACAUAAAUAUGUAAAAGGCUUUAAGGACGAUUUUUUAUAACUUGACAAUCAUUGUUAAAAAAAGGUUUAUUUUAACAAUAAUACCAUGAAUCAUUUUUAAAUCAUAAUAAAACUAAUUGAUUUGACUUCACUAUUGGCUCUAUCUCUAUACAUGGUAUUUAAAAAAACAUGCUAAUACUUAAAAUCAAUAUUUUAUUAAGAUUAUUUAGAGCCAAGCACUUAAAAAGCCAAAUAUUAAAUAUGAUGUUUUUUCAUACAAGUUCUUAAAGCUCUCGCCAGCAGAAUUACAUUAUAAGUACAGUGUAUGUUAUUAUUAAUGCUCCUCUCCGUUAUACAUGUAAAUAGAUUAUUAUAAUAAACAUUUUGAUAUUAAUAA